AUGAGCGAUUCCAGUCCAGAAGUCACAGUCCUUUACUUCGCCGGCGCAUCCACCGCGACAGGGACUUCGUCCGAGCGAGUUCGACUCUCUUCUCCUGGUCCCCAGCCUUUAUCGUCCCUCUCCAGUUUGCUCCUUUCCUUACAUCCAGGAGCCGGGCUUGAACACGUAUUGCGAACGUGCCAGUGGAGUGUUGAUGCCGAGAUGGUGGAGGAUCCUGACAGCGUCCUCUUGAAAGGAGGGGAGGAGGUGGCUGUGAUCCCACCCGUCUCUGGUGGCUGA